ACCAUCUCAUUCAUUUCAUAAUAACAAUCCCCCCUUUUGCUCUGGGGGAUUUCCUAUCAUUGUCAUUUUUUGUCAUUUUUCUGCAUUUCCCACCUUCGAAUUUGUGCCUUUUGUAGCUCAAUUUCAGCAUUCCAGAUUCCUGAAAACCUCGGACUCAGUCGGGCCCCCUAUCAGAUUCAAGAUUCCUGCAAAAAGGAAUGGAAUCUUGAAAGAUAGUGGUGUGUGAAAUUUGGUGCAUUGGCUGCUCAUCUGCUGCAAAGAUUGUGAGCAGAAUGGGCACCCCUAUACGAAGGACCGCGAAUUCUAGUGGGUGGCAUUUGAGAAGAACAAAUGAAACAAUGAGGCUGAUUAUCACAACUUUUGUGGGGAUUGUAUUUGGCUUCUUUUUAGGUGUAUCCUUUCCUACACUUUCAUUAACAAAGGUUAACUUAUCAUCAAACAUAUUUCCUUCUGUUGAUCUCACCUACAUUGAGGACAAGUACUCGGGUCUCUCGACUCAGGCACUUUUGAAUGUAUGGUCGGCUCUUAAAGGAAGGAGAGUCAUCUCGCGCAAAUAUAACGACACUAAGAUCUGGGUUCCAACCAAUCCUCGAGGUGCAGAGAGACUACCACCUGGUAUUCUCGUAGCCGACUCUGACUUUUACACUCGCAGAUUAUGGGGUGUUCCUAGCGAGGACCUAAUUGUUAAACCAAGAUAUCUCAUGGCCUUUACUGUUGGUUAUGACCAGAAAAACAACAUCGAUGCUGCUGUAAAGAAGUUGACAGAGAAUUUCCAAGUUCUGUUGUUUCACUAUGAUGGCCGGACAAGCGAAUGGGAUGAAUUUGAGUGGUCGAAACGGGCUAUACAUGUGAGCGCAAUGAAGCAAACCAAAUGGUGGUAUGCGAAGAGAUUCUUGCACCCCGACAUUGUGGCUCCAUACGACUAUAUCUUCAUCUGGGAUGAAGAUCUAGGAGUUGAGAACUUCAACCCAGAGGAAUAUAUAAAGCUAGUGAGGAAGCACAAGCUCGAUAUUUCACAGCCCGGUUUAUCCCCCGAUAGUGGUAUGACGUGGGAGAUGACAAGAAUGCGUGAGGAUACCGAAGUCCAUAAGGACACAGAGGAAAGGCCUGGCUGGUGCACAGAUCCUCAUCUACCACCCUGUGCAGCAUUUGUGGAGAUCAUGGCCCCCGUUUUCUCUCGGGAUGCCUGGCGUUGUGUAUGGCAUAUGAUCCAGAAUGACUUGGUCCAUGGAUGGGGUCUUGAUUUUGCUCUUAGAAAAUGUGUAGAGCCUGCUCAUGAGAAAAUAGGAGUUGUGGAUGCUCAAUGGAUAGUGCAUCAAACAGUUCCUUCACUAGGGAAUCAGGGUCAAGCGGAUCAAGGCAAGGCGCCGUGGGAAGGGGUGAGGGAGAGGUGUAGGAACGAAUGGACUAUGUUUCAAGAUCGGCUGAAUGCAGCUGAGAAAGCGUAUUUUCAGGCCAUGGGCAUCGAUCCUCCUAACUCCACAGCUAGUCGUUAGGCAUACUAGUUUCGAUGGUUUUUCUGUAUGUAUGAAUCAACCGUGCUUCUUCGUCUUCUAGUGCUUACAUGUACACUAAUUGAAUGGGAACUGUAACCUUUUUUGCUUAAGUUCAUACAGCUGAGUUUGUACA